AUGAAGCAUCUCUUCGGUGAGGAAGGGGUGCGGAAGUGCGAUAUCCUGGCUAUCCAAGAGCCUGAGAUAUUCAAUUGGAUGGAACCCGAGAUGGGCGUCCAUUCGCAGACACUUGGUGGCCGGUUUCAUACACUUCUCCGGCCUACACCCACAGCCGUCCGCGAGGAAGCAGCACGCACGCAGCCCCGUGUCUGCUUCUUCGUAUCGAAAGGGAUCAACCCGAAAUCGUGGUCGAUCAGACACCACAGCAGAGACGCCAGCACGCUGACCGUGGAAACCGGGGCCGGCCAGCUGCAUGUGCAUAAUAUAUAUCUUCCGGGGAAGUUCAACGACCCAGAGCGUACGCAGGAGGUGAAAGAAGGUCUAGCCGCGCUCUGUGUAGCCCUACGCGGCUACCACAGUGGGCAGCAUGUCGUGGUUGGUGAUUUCAACCUCCACCACCCGCUGUGGUCGACGAUCCAGCAGGCCCAGCUGCCGGACGACGACGCAGACGACCUGAUUCGCAUAAUGGGUGAUUUUGGCCUAGAUCUACUCACAGAGAAAGGCACAGUCACAUUCGAAGGGCCUGUCUAUGGCAAUAUUGUGCGUAGCACGAUCGAUUUAACGUGGACCGCGGCGUCUCUCGCGGACCGUGUGAUUCGCUGCACUCCAUGCCGCCAGUGGUGGUACGGAGCCGACCACGUGCCGAUUCUCACUGAAUUCGACGUCCGUACCUCGCCAGCAGGGGUUAGAGAGCGCCAGGACUGGCGGGCCACGGACUGGGAGGCCUGGUGUAAGGCCCUUGAGAGAUAUAUCACGAAGCAAGGGUGGAGCAUAUCGGGUCCUGGCUGGGUGCUCGAUACAGCUGAGAAAGUGGACGAAGCUGUGAAACGGGUGAUGGACGCUGUAUCAGCGGCAUCCAAAGAUACUGUCCCCGUACGGAAGAUCCACCCCGGACGCUCAUAUCCCACGUAUACGCCUGCACUCGCCCCGCUGAAGCAGCAGGUGCGUCGGGCACGCCGCACAUGGCAAAGUAGCCAUAACGAAGAGGAUCAUGAAGCUUUUCGGCAGCUGCGGCAUCAGCUCGGCCGAGAAAGCAAGAAGAUGGGCCGUCAGGCACACAGAGAGAGAGUGGAGGAAGCCACUACGUCUAUCGACGGAUUUUGGCGGUUAGCAAAGUGGGCAAGGUCGCGGGGGGUCCCCCGGUCUUCACAUACCCCCACACUCCGCGUUGGCGAACGUGAAUUUACCACAACGGACGAGAAAGCAGCGUGCUUCCGCACAGCACUUUUCCCACCGGCCCCUACCGCAGAUCUCUCCGAUAUCGACGGAUAUACGUACCCGGACGCCGUGCCGAUGCCAACUACCGUUUCCCCAGCAGAAGUCGAACACGCCAUCCGCAGGGCAACCCCGUACAACGCCCCGGGCCCCUCUAGCAUACCGAAUGCUGUGUGGAAGCACGGGUUGGACGUACCAGGAUUCUCCACCUUUAUCACGGCCAUCUUCAACGCCUGCAUUAUCCUAGGCUACUGCCCACGGGCGUUCAGAGAUAGUAUAACAGUCGUGAUCCGGAAGCCAGGCAAGCCAGAUUACACUAAUCCGAACGCAUGGCGGCCGAUCUCGCUGUUAGAAACCCUCGGAAAGGCACUCGAAUCGAUUAUCGCUACACGCCUAUCAUACCUUGCAGAGGAGUAUGGCCUACUGCCAGAAACGCAUAUCGGAGGGCGUGGCGGCCGUUCCUGUGACCAUGCUAUCCACAUGCUGCUCGAAGCAGUAUACGACGCAUGGAGAAAGGACCGGCGGGUCGCUUCGCUUCUCACGUUAGACGGUAGCGGGGCCUUUGAUAACGUCUCGCAUAUACGACUGAUCCACUGUCUACGGAAGCGACGCAUCCCGGAGAUUAUCACAAACUGGCUGAUCAGCUUCUUAUCAAAUCGAAGCACGACCCUCUUACUGCAAGAAGGACGCUGUGCAAACGAACCGGUUGCUACCGGGAUCCCACAAGGUUCACCACUAUCACCAAUUUUGUAUCUUUUCUACAACUCAGACCUGAUCGACGAUAUCCACGCAGCUGCUCCCGGCCGGGUGCUAGUGACGGGAUAUAUCGACGAUAUCUGCAUCCUUGUGUGGGGCGUUUCCCCUACUCGCAAUUGUCAAUUUCUCUCCGAACUACACGCUGUUGCUGAGACGUGGGCGAAACGGCACGCAUCUAAGUUCUCUCCAUCAAAAUAUGGUCUUAUUCACUUUUGGAAGAGGGGUGCUGGCGCGCUGCCCCCGUACGGCGUCCAUCCGCAGCAGACACCCGCCCUUACGGGCUCUGUCACGAUUCAGGGCGUCGAAAUCAAGCCGGUGGCGUCCCUCCGCUAUCUCGGGGUCAUUCUUAACGAAAACCUCACAGCCCGUGACCACCUACUCCGCUGCCGCAAACGAGCUGCAGUACUGACCGCGGCCCUCCGUUCUAUUGCUGGCAUGACCUGGGGGGUCACGACGCUCCACCUGCGUCGCAUGUGGACGGCUGUGCUGUUUCCACAGAUUAGCUUUGGCUGUUCUACGUGGUACACGAAGGGGGCCUACCAGGCGAAGACGACAGAGAAUGAGGUGAACCGCGCUCUCGAAUCCAUGCAGUAUCAAGCCCUUUACCGUAUCGCCGGCGCGUUUCGUACGACGUCCCGGGCUGCGCUACAGAUCCUUCUCUAUGUCCUACCAGCGCCAAUCGCGACUCAACGGCUAGCAGAACUCACAUGUCUCCGUAUUCAUACCCACCCACUCCGCACUAUCUUCCGCAGACGUACGCCAGUCGAUAGGGCAACGCUACGGCUAUACUGCCAAGACAGCCACCGCAAUCUCGGACCUAUCCAGAAAGCUAUGACUACCCCGCUGCAGCGCCUUGAGAAGCAUCUCCAAGACCGUGGAAUCGACGUGCACGACCUUGAGCUGAUCAAGCCGUACGCAGUGGCCCCGUGGUGGCAGCCGCCAAAAGUGCAGAUCGCCGCAAGCAAAGACACAGCAAUCGCGCAGCAUAACGAAAUCCUUAGGGCCGCUGGGCCCUACGGGCCUAACACCGCAAUAGCUUAUACCGACGGUAGCAAGCUCGAUAACCCAGCAGGCGUAGGGGCUGCUGCCCUCACCUCCGUGGGGAGAGAGGUGGCGGUGCUACACCCCACAGAUUCGAUCUACGUGGCAGAACUCCACGGAAUCAAGCUCGCACUCCGUCGAUUCGACACGGAGAUAAGCUUUCGACAGACGUGCGAGGGCUUCCGCGCAGAAACAGAUACUACCGAUACUACCGAUACCACCGCUACUGCUACGAUCUUCACAGACAGCCAGGCUGCGAUUCUCGCUUUCGCACGCCCGCGGCGAAGCUCAGGCCAGUACGUGCUACGAGAAAUCGCGGAGCUACUGGACCGAGUACAGCCUGUAUGGCAGGUCCGCAUCAACUGGCUACCCGGACAUGUCGGGGUAGCCGGCAACGAGCGGGUCGACCAGAUGGCCAAAGAAGCAGCCGAAUCCACAGCCACGCCUACGACGACACCACUACUCCUUACCGCAGCCAAAGCCACCUUACGUGAGCAAACGUUAGAGGCGUGGACACGCGAGUGGACGACCUCCGCCCACGGUGAAUACGUCCGAGACCUCUUUCCAGAGCCCACAAAAGCAGUAUUUCAGCUCCAUGAGCCACUCCGCAGACCCACUAGCGCUGCACUUAUCCAGAUGCAAGCAGGUAAGCUGGCCCUACCAGCAUAUCUGUCAACCAUCUCCGCCUGGCGGGACGAAAGGGUAGCUCGGGCACUCGAGAACGGGGUGCCGGACCUAGACCCGUCGGCCUGCCACCACUGCGAGCGUGGUAAGAUGGACACGAAGCACGUGCUGCUGACCUGUCCCCGCUUUGCUACGCUCCGCGCCAAUACCCUUGGUAUCGACCGCCCCCCGGGCGUAUGGACGUCCUGGCUCACUGAGCCAGAGCGCGCACCUAAAGCAGCUUCCUUCAUACUAGCCACACGCCUUCUCGGCCAAUUCCGCCACCUACCAGAGACAUACCACACCAUAGCAGCCGCGCCCUUCGGGCGCCUAGGGGCCACUGCGUUAUUCGAAGACGGAGGGAUAACACACGAUCGAACACCAUGGGAGAUGCUUGCGGGGACGUCUCAGGCCUGCGCACGGUCAGCUGAUCACUUUGCUUCUACCAGCGUUAGCGGUAUUUCUUAG